AUGGCUCCUCGAGACCACCAGCAGGUCCCCGAACUCUCGUAUCUCCCCACCUACACCCAGACCAGGCCGCCUCCGGACUCUGGACCGCCGCCUGUAUACGCCAAUGUCAUCCGCAAGGUCUACCCGUACUCGCUGCGUCCCGUGCUGCUCGUCACGACCUUCUGCACCUUCCUCUACCUCCUCCUCGUCGCCAUCUCCAACUUCAAGGACCUCGGCCACUCGGGCAACAAUGCCGUCAUGAACAUCAUCGACGCCGUGACAGGCGCUCUGCUCCUGGCCGCUGCCCUCAUCGAGGUUGUCGGCUUCAUCGCAUCGUUCAAGCUCAACCUCAAGUUCGCCUUGCUCUACUCGCGCCUCGCCGUGCCGGCGUUCCUCAUGGUGAUCGCAUGCGAGAUCCUCAGCAUCUUCGUCCACUACUCGUACAAGACGCGCGUCAUCGAGGACUGCAUCACCAGGAACACCGGCGCCGUUGCUCCUGGUUCGUCCGGAUGGGGUUGGUUCGGUUCGGGCGGCUCCAGCAAUACCACCAUGUCGGCCGAGGACGCCAAAAACUACUGCAAUUCCUCGUGGAGGAACGACUCCACCUGGGAGAUUGUCUGGCUCGUCGUCACCAUCCUCCUCGGUGUCCCGUUUGUCAUGUUCAGCUUCGCCUUUGUGCGCCAGCUGCGCAAUCCGGACUCGGUUCGCGUGCGCGAGUCCGGCGGCGGCUGGUGGGGCCGUCGCAACACCAGCCAGCAGCCGUACAGCGCCCAGUACGCGAAUCAGUACGCCAGCGGACCGUACGACCCGCAGUCGCAAGCACAGGCCUAUUCGUAUCCUCCGGCUCCGUACGGUGCCAGCCCAUACGCGCCUCCCAGCGGGCCUCCGCCGCCGCCGCUCAGCACCGAUGGCCACCGCGAUCUGCCCGGCUACGAGCGCGGCGACAUGCAGGGCGACUUUGACGACGACCGCAAGAGCCCCAUCAGCCCUGCCGCCGACUACGGCUACAACCGUCGCGCCUCGACCAGGAGAGAGCCCGACGCACGCGACAGCAGGCAGCUCGAUGCGGCCAAAGACUCGCAAGUCACCGUCAAGCUCGACGACGAUACCGAUGCCAAGCCCAAGGGUCUCAGCAGGCACUCGGACGACGACGAUGCGCCCAGGAUCUGA